AUGGCUACUCGGUACUUCCUGGGAGGGACAAUGAAGCAGAUUUGCUUCUGCGCUGCCUCCUCCUUCGCGAGCCAGGACUGGAGCAAAAAUGACGAGAAACUCCUGCAGGCAGUGGAAUACAACGAUGCCGAACGCGUCGCCUCCCUCCUCGUCCGGAAGAGCCUGGUCUCCACCAAGCUGGACUCGGAAGGGAAAUCGGCGUUCCACCUGGCUGCAACGAAAGGAAACACAGAUUGCCUGGAAGUCAUGCUGGCGCAUGGAGCGGAUGCCAUGACGACCGACGGCUCAGGCUACACAGCGUUGCACCUGUCGGCUAAGCAUGGACACCCGCAGUGCGUGAGCAAGCUGUUGCAGGCAUCCUGCCCUGUGGACGUGGCCGACAGCCACGGACGGACGGCUCUCCACCAUGCAGCUGUCAACGGAUGCAUCUCUUGUCUCGAAAUCCUUUGUGACUUUAAGGCUCCCUUGAACACCAAGGACAAGGAUGGCGCGACCCCUCUCACGCUCGCUGCCAAGAUGAGCCACUCUGAGCUGUGCCGGUACCUGCUCCACCGGGGAGCGGCCGUCAACACCAGGGACCAGCGUGGACGAACAGCCCUGAUGGUGGCUUGCGAGAACGGCAGCGUGGAGACGGUGGAAGUCCUCGUCCACGGCGGGGCGCGGGUCGGCCUCGUUGACGCCACGGGUCACGACGCGGCACAUUACGGCGCGGCCGUGGGCAACGCCCUCAUCCAGCACUACCUGCAGGAAGCUGCCCAGCGCUACUCCUGGGCCAGCGAAGAGGAAUCAACCGACGCAUCCUCACAGACAUCCUCUCCGCGGCACUCUCUGACCAAAGGAAAGAACAGCAGCCCGAGAAAGAGGAAAGCCCCGCCUCCUCCAGGAAGUGCCCCCAGCCAGGAGGACCAAGAGGCCUACGAGGAAAUUGUGCGGCUGCGUCAGGAGAGAGCUCAGCUCCUGCAAAAGAUCCGAAACUUGGAGCAGCGGCAAGAGACGUCGAAGCUGAAACAACUGGACGAUGGGUCUUUGCAUACUCUGCAGAAGCAGGUGGAGGAGCUUCAGAAGCAGCUGGAGGAGAAAGCAGGGGAAAAGGAAAAUCUCCGGAAAGAGUUGGAAACUUUGCGGUGCCGUCUGUCAUCUAACGAGAAGGAAAACACCAGCUAUGGCAUCGAAACCCUGCAAGACGAAGAGGAAGACCUCCUCGAAUUCCCGGGGGCCGAGCUUCUUCUGUCCAAAAAAAGCUUGAGCGUCUCCACUGAGGAACUCCUGGCGUCCUUGCAAGGACAGGUCGAUUCCCUGACCCAGAAGAACAAGGAGCUGAUGGAGAAGAUUCAGGUCCUGGAGAAUUACGAGAAGGAUGAGAGCGACGCCGACAUCUCAGCGGACUUCAUCCCCAUCAUCCUGUACGACUCGCUCCGGUCCGAGUUUGACCGCUUGAAGGAGCAACACACAGAGGCCCAGGAGGCCCUGAAGUCUGUCGACGGAGCUGGCGAGCCGUCCUGCAAGCUCAUCCCGGCCGAGGCGUACGAGCAGCUGAAGGCCGACCACGAGAAGCAAAUCCGGGCGCUCAAACUGGCUCUGGAGAAGAGCAGCUUCCCAGCCCUUCGGGGUGGCGGUGGGCCGGGGGCGGAGGGAAGCUCCGGUUUGGGGACGGAAGGAGAUGGGAGCCGAGCAGAGGUGGAAGCCAGGAAGGAGGAGAUGGACGAGCUGGCCAAGGAGCUCAGCACCACCCGGGAAAAGUACCAGGCGGCCCUAGCAGAAGUGAAGCUCCUUCAGGAACAGAUGGAGCUGGGCAUCUUGUCUGUGGAGGAAAAGGAGCUGCUGGAGAGCUGCCGGACUGAGCUGGAGACGACGAAGAUAGCCUUGCACCAGGCUCGGUUGGACCUCGAGGAGCGAGAUCGGAAGAUGAAGGAUCUGGAGGGACGUCUCAGGGCUCAGGAGGAAGCAGCUGCCGCAGGCUGCUCCGUGGAGGAGGACAAGGAGAGGAAGGCCUCCUUGGAUGAGGUCUCCAGGGAGAAGGAGGCCCUGCUGGCAAGGUGCGCUUCCGCCGAGGCUGAGGUGAGGGAGCUGAAAGAGAAGACCCGCCAGCUGGAAGAGGAAGGGAGUCGGAGCCUGAGGGAGGAGGCCGGCAAACUGCGGAGCCAGUUGGACACCCUCGAGGGGCAGCGCAAGGCGGCCAAGGCCGAGGCGGAGCAGCUCCGGAAAGGCCGCGAGGCGCUGGCGGAGGAGCUGAGGUCUGCCAAGGAGGAGCUGGCCUCUCGGCGGGAGCAGGAGGACGCGGCGGGCAAGCUGAGGACCUCCCUCUCCGAGGCGGAAAAGAGCCUCUCGGAGCUGAAGGAGCGCCACAAUGGCACAUUGAAGGAGCUGGUGGAAGCGCGGGAGGCGGCGGAGAGCUGCCGGCGUGGGUCGGUGCCCCUCGCUGAGCACGCCCGGGCCAAGGAGGCGCUGGAGGGCACCCUCUGGGAGCUGAAGGCCAAGUCGAAGCUUCUGGAGCAGGAGUUGAAGGCCAAGGACGAGGAGGCCGUGGGGCUCAAGGCGGAGUUGGAGGUGGUGCUCAAGGGAGCCGUCUCUAAGGAGGCGCACGAGGAGCUUCGUGCCCGGCUGCAGGGCGAGGCGGACGCCCUGAGCGCCAAGCUGGCCGAUUUGGGGCGCAAGCACGAGCGCACUUGCACGGAGGUCUUCCAGGUCCAGCGGGAGGCGCUCUUCAUGAAAAGCGAGAAGCAUGCGGCCGAGGCGCAACUGGCGGCCGCCGAGAAGCAGCUGCAGGGCCUGCGGGCCGAGUCGGAACGGAUCCGAGAGCUGCACAAGCACAUCGAAGACUCGGCCAAGCUGGUGAAGGAGAAGGACCGCAAAAUCACGGAACUUUCCAAGGAAGUCUUCAAGCUCAAGGAAGCCCUGAAUGACCUCUCGGAGCUGUCGGGCGAGGCUUCAGCCAAAGCAACCUCACCCAAGAUGGAGUCGCGGCAGGAGGUGACCACUCUUCAGGGCAGAAUCCGAGAUCUGGAGCAGCAGUUGGCCGAGACUGAGCGACGGCAUGGCAAUAUCGUUUCUUUGUACAGGGGACACCUUCUCUAUGCCAUCCAGGGACACAUGGAUGAAGACAUUCAGAGAAUCCUCUUCCAGAUUCUGAAGAUGCAAAGACUCCAGGAUCAAGGCAGAUGAGAUUCGGGAAAAGAGGACCGCUGACUCCAAACUUUUUUCGUAUUGGAGAACUGCUACCUGGAGAGCUCCCUUCCCCUCCCUCCAACUGGCCACCAGCCCUGCAGGGCAGCCCGUCUCCUGCGUCCGGACUCCCUUCCCCUCGAACGCAAGCUGCCUCGCCUGCUCAAAAGUCUUCCUGAACCCCUAUCCUAUCCUCACGGACUUUGCCUUUUCUACCCUCGGGAAGCGUCUGCCAGGAAGACGAUGCCCCCCCCCACUUUGC